UUUGGAUUUUUUCAGCACAAGUAUUUGGAUCCUGCUUUCUGCAGCAAAGGAAUCAAUUUCCAGUGUUUUCAGUCAGCUCGUCAAAGUUCUGGAAUUAAAGUUAUCUUCAUGAUUUAAAGGCCAGUCCGUCCAUAUGUUUUUUCCGAGUUCUUAGGGCUGAGUGAGGGAGUUGGAAUUUUUACAAUUUGUCAACGCCAUUACGCCAUGUCACGUCAGAAGAGAACACAUACAAAACCUCAAAUAAAGCUUGAGGUCACCGAUGACACCGAUGACACUGACACUAAUCCUCCCGAUCCCUCAUCUUCUUUACCUGCUGCCAACCUUUCCUCGGCUCAGAAAGAGAAAUUAUUAAGGGACCGUCGAGAGGCUGACAGACUGAAAAAACAACAAAAAAGAGCUAACAUGACUCCUGCAGAAAUUGAAAUGGAACGUGAGCGAAACAGAAUCCGUGCAUUUAAUAAAAGGAAUAGUCUGAAUGAAGAAGAAAAGGCAGAGUACAGAAGAAAGCAGGCGGAAGCAACCAGAUUACGUAGAAGACAAAAGGAAUACGACCUCGCAACGAUAGGGACUCGUACAAAAGUAAUGAGAAAGGCAGAAAUUCGCGAAGCGGAAAGAUUGAGAAAGCAGCAAAAAAGAGCAUGCAUGACUCCAGCCGAGUUGGAAAUGCAGAGAGAGAAAGGAAGAUUGCGUGCAUAUAAUAAAAGGAACAACUUGGUGGGACAGGAUAGAUUGGAAUUCAUGCGAAAACAAGCAGAAUCACAAAGUUUGCGUAGGAAACAGACAGACAAUGAGCUGUUUCCUGUUAACGCUUGCUCAGAUGAGGUUGUCAUACCCGGUGAAACAUAUGGAGAUCGGCGUCGUCGUCUUCAACGUGAACGAACGGCGGCCAAGCAAUGUGAGCAAGGUCCAGACUACAUUGAGAGUCGUGCAAGACACGUAGGUCAACUGAGGAUCUUGGAUGGGGUCGACAAAAAAAUAGUCACUCAAAAAGAAAAGAUGAUGAAAGCAGAAAUCAAGAGUUGGAAAUAUCCAAAGGUUCCAAAUCCGCCAAUGUUUCUGGAUCCCGAACAGGAAGAUGACUUGACAUGGAAAGCUGUCACAUUACUAGAAUUAAAAAUAGAGUUUCAGGACCAGAGAAAUAGACUUUGUGAGGAAGCCUUAGAAAUUGAACUCGGACCAAAUAUCCCUCAACCUGAAUCAAGGUUUACUUUGAACGAUGGUGACGAUAGUUUAUCAGAAUCAAUGCAGAGGGAGAAAGAAACUAUAAAUGACCCUGGAAUGCAGAUUUCUUCUACUUCCACUGAACAAGAAGUUGCUCACAAGCGCUGGAAAUCUGUUGUAAAUCAGGAAAGUAACAACGACGACAACGAUGCAGAAGAUAGUAAUGAGUUAAUCGACCCUUGCAGCCACGUUCAAAUUAAAAUUGAAGCAGAAGACUGGGACAACAGUGCUGAAAAUUCGGAACAUGAAAGAUGCGAUGAGGAUGUGCCAGAUUGGAUUGCGCGUGUUCUCACCAGUGAGCAAGCAAGUCUCAAGGACAGCGAAAAUGACUGGAAUCUUGCCCAAGCUGCCUCAAAAUUACAUAACAUAAUUUCACCAGACCUAACAAAAAACAAUAGGCGACACUUAAUGUCAAGACAGCAAUACAUUUUGCACAAAGAACAGAGGCAGCUUGACGAACUUCGUAAAAUAUUUUUGCAAACUCGACAGCAAUGGAUUCAGAGCAAACCCGAAGAUGAAGAGAAACGCAAUCAAGUUGACAUAGGGCGAUCCACUCUCAAAACAAAAAUCAAAGAGGAAAAGCAAGUUGCAAUCUCCAAAAUUAUUAAAGAAUUGGCACUUAAACGGGACGUGUUUAGCCAGGAACCUAUGAUAGUUAGAGAAGCUCGAAUCGCAUUGUUCUACGAAUCAGUUGCAUCCAACUUACGCACUAUAAGGGAUCAGAAUGACAAACUUAAAGAAAUGUCUAUUAUUGAGAGAGAAGAAAAGAGGAAGCAAAAGUUGUUGGUAACAAAGAAUCUAACGAAAGAAGAGACUAAAUCUCUCAUUGCGACGAAAGAGAGAAUACGAGUUCAGAUGAGGAGAGCAGAAUAUGACAUGCACAUUGAACUCUUGACAGCGACAGGAUUUUCUAUUCCAGUUCCAAAGUUUUUACAGUCUCAAAAAACAGGAACCGGAAAUCAACAACAACUAGGUUCUGGAGAAAAUUCAGAAGCAGAUCCACGUACUGUUAAUCAGUUAACCAUGGGAUCAAAUUCUUGUAAGGAGAAUUUUGAACGCACGUUUCGAGUAGACCGCUAUAUUGCUGGAAUUGAGUAUUGGUUUACUACUAAAGCUAAUCCUAACCGAACAAGUGUAGAGGUCAUAUCAUACAGAAAAAUGCUUGCUGGAUUUCUAUCAACAAGGAGAAGAAAAGCUAAUACCAAAGGAACUGAAACCCAAUCAAGCACAUCCACGCGAAACAUUGUGCCAUCAUCUUUAGAAAAAACACAUCCAAAUUUAUCAGAGACUCUUCCCGAGUACGAAUGUGUGGCAAUACCAGAAUCUCAAUCUCUUGAUGACAUUCAAAGAUUCAAAGAUUUCAUAACCAAAUAUGGGGAUCCAGUCUAUGCGCAUUUAGAGUAUAGAAGAUUUUACAAAAAACUAAAAAAGGCAGAAAAACCUCCCAAGCCUGUUGUACCUCUUUGCCCAAUUAACGACCAUGCAAAGAUAAAAAAGAAUGAACUUGCCAGAAGAAGAUAUAUGCUGAAGAAACAGGGGAUAGUAUUAAGCAAAGGACAGUCAUCCAGAAAUUUUGGUGCUUCUAAAACGCAUAAAACGAGUAGACGAACAACUGCAAAUGCUGCAACAGGAUCACGUAAUCAGACCCAUGUGGUUUACAAUGCACCAUCCAAUAAUGUGGUAAGCACUAGCAAUGAUGGAUAUACGGGUUCAUCAUGUGCGGAUAAUCAUGAUGAUGAGGAAGGCAGCAACGAUGAUGGAUGGGUUCCCCUCGGAUCUUAUGAAAUUGAUUCCAUGAUAAGAAAUGAUAUUCUCAAUCUUGGUGCAAAUCAGCAACAAACCGUAUUUCAACAAUUCCAGCAAUUUUCUACUAGUCAGCAACAGAACCGUCCAACGGCAACGUAUCAACAAUUGUACCAUAAUCAGCAUCACAAUCCCCAGAUUGGACAGCAUCUACUAGAUAACCAAUAUAACAUGCAUUCAAAUUUAGAAUCCUCGGAUCACGUCAACUUUCACAAUGGUCCACUUUCUUUGACUCAAAAUCAGCCACACUCGUCAUUUUCAUACAAUCAGCAACACUCUACGAACUAUGGAUGGACUCAUCACUCAUCUCAUCUGCAUAAGAGAACGCCUCACCAACCGCAAUUCUUUCAGCAACAUGACAAUAAUAUUAUUCAUUCAUCGCCAUUUGAUGACGAAGGAAAUCAUGGUAUGACAACCUCUAGUCCAGACAUUGAACCGUCUUCUUCCCAAUCGCGAAAAAAACUUGGGGGAAGACCUAAAGGUUCCAAGAAUAGGACGAGUACUACACCAAAGACCAAAUCCAAAAAACCGUCCACCAAGAAAAAAAAUGGCACUCCUUCUUCUUCUCAGCAGCGAGACAUUUGGGGAAAUGCGAGGAAAAAGAGACGCGAUAAGAAUUCAAUACCAAGCAAAAGGCAAAUUGUCACCGUUGUUGAACACGAGUCCCCAUUCGAACGUAAUCCUGAACAAAUUCGUGAUUCUAUGCUUAGUGAAAAUCUAACAAAUUUACUGCCAAAGUGCCAACUGUGCGAUAAAGUGGUGGAUGAUGACGUCGCAUUGACCCAACAUAUUACGACACAACAUCCUGAAGUUAUCUUGCCUCCACCGAUUUCGGCACAAUCUGAAGGCAUGAAUGCAAAUAAGAGGGGUAAACGAAAAAGUGGUGCAACAAUGGAAUCAACGGAACCCGCAGUAGCGUGUCCAAUUUGCAACAAAGAAAGAAAUGGACUGGAUCGUUUUGUUGAACAUAUUUUUAAAUGCCACUUUGAAAAGAAGCAAUACAAGUGCCCAUACGGUCGAGGAAAAAGGUUUCGUUGUGGAACCUAUCGGUUUGAUAGGAAAUCUUUGAGGUGUCAUAUAUUGAGGACUCAUCCAAUAGAAGCAAAAACUUCUUGGAUUAUGGGAAUUGACCAAUAUAUAUCAAUCCAGGAGAAAGUCAAGUUUUGGUGUCUUCCUUGUGAGAAAUGUGUACCAGAGAUUUCCGAUCUGAAUGAGCAUUAUAAAACUUACCAUGAACGACGUCGGUACUGCUGUGUGCACUGCGGCAUCUACUUAAGAAUGGAGGACUUGUGGGCUGAUCAUGUUCGACUUUUUCAUUCUGAUAAAAAGAUUGGUGCUGCACCAGCCCAAGUUGAGGUGAACGCAGACGAUUUAUUCCGUUGUGGGCAGUGCAAUUCUGAAUUUUCUGCUCAAUCUUUCUUGGAUGAGCACGUAGCUCAGGGACACGCCCUGGUUGUUGGUAACUGCUCUGAUGAAAUGCCAAUCUGGGGACAGUUCGUUUGCCAAACCUGUGAUAAACAGUUUCGUUCGGAAGAAAAAAUGUUAUCUCAUUCUAUAAUCUGCUACAACAAACAUCAAAUUGCUGAAAAUCGCACAGAUUACGCUCAAUUCCAUGAACCGUAUAAAUGCGAGCUCUGUAAACGCUCUUAUGUAAGCUUAUAUUUGUUGAGACGACAUUCUAUUCACAAGCAUCAGUUGUUUAAAUUUUUGAAGGAUUUAAAAUUAAAGAAUAUCCCGACUUCUCCAAAAACUCAGAAUUCGGAAGAUAAACAACUUGUACCACUUGGAUCCUCCACUAAGGAGCCCACUAAUUCAUUGAUGGUGAAUUUUCCGUGCCCUAUAUGCAAAACUACUCCUCACAACUUACACCAAACUCAUAUAGCUGUUGAUAAAUUAAUGAAACGCUUCUGCCCAACAUGCGAUCGUCUGUUUUGUAAACCGACUGUGCUUGUCCAACAUAAUGAAGCAAUUCAUGGAAUCCUUCCACAACAGAUGCCAGAGUUUGUUCCGUCGGGCAGAGUAGGACCUCCUCCGUUGGGUGCGGAUUCUAAUGAUUGGCUCACAUGUAGAUGUGGUGUUUCAUUUACAAUUCAAGAAUUUCAUGAGCAACACUUAUUCUUUGAGAAAGAUCCUAACAUUCGCACGUGUAUUCCUUGCAACAAAAAAUUCUAUCAUCACAGUUCCUACUGGGCUCAUAUGCACGAUGACCACGGCGUUCCAAAAAAUGCUAGAAUGGCUGUAGCAUCUAAUUUGACUUCGGAAUUCCCUUUACAAAAAAAGAGGGAACUUGUCCCGGAAGAUUAUGAGAAACUGUCGUCAAGUACAACGUUACAAACUGCAGCUGGAGAAGUAACAAUUUUUUCAUGCAAAGUGUGUCUCAAAAACUUCAAAACACUGGAAUUUCUCCGAUCUCAUAUUGAGGAGAGUCACAAGCAGGAUGCUUUCACUCGAGUCCUCUGCAAAAAGUGCAAUGUAACGUUUGCUUCAAAGGCAAAUCUUACGAAGCACAAUAAAUUUCAUCAUCAAGAAGAUUUGAAGCGUUAUUUAUGCCCAUUUGAUCAAUGUGGUGCAAUGCUGACGCGAUCGGAUCAUUUCAGAGUUCACAUGAAGACAUUACAUCCUGGUGAACCCUACUCCAUGAGUGAUAUUACAAGGGUGCCAUUUGAGCAAGCGAUGCAGACGUUGAAGCAUUUCGUGUGUAAAAUAUGUACCAACAGCUUUUCUACCGAGGUUGGACUAAAGUCGCACAUGACAUCGAAACACUUCCCAACACACUUUUCUACCUUUUGCGACAUAUGCGGGCUCCAGAUGAAUCCCAAGGGAAUCAAAUCACAUAUUGAAAUACAUCAUCCUGAACAUAUAUCUGCUGAGGAUAAACUACGUAGUGUACGAAAGGAUUAUUUUACACUUUUAGAACUCUUUAUGAUGAUUCAAACGGUUUAUGACAAAUUUGGAGUGCAAUUGGGGAAUAACAUUUCUGGAAAGAAAAAGAAGAUUCACACUAAACUCCUCAUUACAGAUAAUUGUUCCGAGAAAAGUAAACCAAAAAAGAAAUUACGUAAAGAUUACUCUUCUUCUUCAGAUGAAGAAUCCGCUAGCGAAGAAAGUGAAGCCUCAGAUGAUGAUGAAGCUGAAUUUGGUCCAUUUUAUUCAACAAUGGAAGCAGAAACUAACGAUGACGACGAUGACGAUGACGAUCAGAACGAUGAUGAUGAUGAUAGCAGAAACAUGCAUAUCUCUGUCAAGAAACCGCAAAGGAAAGUAACAUCACAUAAAAAAAAUACCAAGAGGGAUUCCUACGUGGUACAAAAACCUGGACCCAAAAGUAGGACCAGAAAUCAAUUGCCCAGGAGAACCCGAAAUUCAUGUUUCAAAGAUUCAGAUUCAAACUUUAAUAAACCCAAAUCGAAAGUAACAAAAAAAACUAAUGACUCCGAGUCUGAUUUGAAUACUGAAGAUAGUAGUUCAGGCAAUGACUAUGAUGAAUCAUCUUCAAAGGCUGCUCCUAGUACUCGUGCCGUCAAGAAAAAAACUUCAAAUAAAACGAAUGCACCAAACAAGUCUCGAACCAAGACAGUCAAGUUGGCACAAACAAUUGAGUCUGAAGAAAGCAUUACGCCGCUCUUUGUGGAUCUUGAUUUGGUAAAAGACGAAAUUGAAGACGUCAUGGAUAUUGAUAUGGAGGACAUCAAUAACUAUAAUUUGGAUGGCUUUUUGGAACCGUAUAGCAAUGAUAGCCAAUGGGAUGAUGAUAGUCAGGUGGAAACAGAAGACAAUAAUCCAUUGUCUUGAGUACAACCUAAAUUCAAACAAAUACUCUUAUGAUAAGUAUUCUCAUGAUCUUUAUUAUUACAUUGGUAUGUUCAUCGUAUUGGUAAAUUAUUAGUGAGAUGUCGUUUAUUUUAUUGGUAAGCUGUAAAGAAACAUAAAUCUUUCUUAUUAUCUUGUACCAAACUGAAUAAAAUUGAAUAAAUUUACCCAUUAACCAUAA